UUUCCUAAAUUUAUCCAGGUUGAAGAUAAUUGUCUUGGAAGCAGCUUCUUUCCCUUCAUAGUUGCUGAGGAUGAUGUUUGCUCUGAGAUGCGUAUGCUUGAAAGAGAAAUAGAGUUGACAGAGACAGAUGAUUUCCAGCUAGAAACUGGGAAAUUAGAAGCACGAAACCAAGUCAUGGAUUUCAUACAUGAAAUGGGAUGGCUUCUCAAUAGAAAUAAUUUGAAGUCCAGAUUGGGGCACUCAGAUCCUAACUCAGACUGUUUUCCUUUUAAACGGUUCAAGUACCUUGUGGAGUUCUCUGUGGACCGUGAUUGGUGUGCUGUUUUAAACAAACUUCUUGACAUUCUUUUCAAUGGAACAGUUGGUGCUGGAGAGCAGCCAUUCUUGAAGUUUGUGUUAUAUGAGAUGGGUCUCCUUCACCGAGCUGUGCGUAGAAAUUCUAGAGCACUGGUGGAGAUGCUAUUAAAAUAUUCUCCAGAAAGAGUAGCAGAUGAACUAAGUUUGGAAUACAGCUCCCUUGCUGAGAGUGACGGGAGUUUCUUGUUUAGACCUGAUGUUGUGGGGCCUGCAGGUCUGACACCUCUUCAUAUUGCAGCUGGUAGGGAUGGAUCUGAGGAUAUAUUGGAUGCCUUGACUUGUGAUCCUGGAAAGGUGGGAAUUGAAGCAUGGAAGAAUGCCCAUGACAGCUCAGGAUUCACACCUGAGGAUUAUGCUCGGUUGAGAGGACACUACUCUUACAUACACCUUGUUCAGAGGAAAAUUACCAAAAAGGUAUCUGCUGGGCAUGUAGUUGUAGACAUUUCUGAGACUUGUUCGGAUAGCAGUGUCAACCAGAAGAAAAAUGGAGGUGACACUACUGGUUUUGAGAUUGGAAUGUCCAAAAUAAGUUCAAUUCAGCGGCCCUGUGGAAAUUGUGAUCAGGAAUUGGUUUACAGAAGUAGCAGUCGAACUCUGCUUUAUAAGCCUGCAAUGCUCUCAGUGGUGGCCAUAGCGGCCGUCUGUGUUUGUGUAGCCCUUCUUUUCAAAAGCUCGCCCCAAGUUCUGUAUGUGUUCCGUCCAUUCAGGUGGGAGAUGUUGGAAUAUGGUUCCAGCUGAGAGCAACAUGAUAAUGAGUGAAUAAGUUAAUGGGCCUAUUAUGUAUUUGUAUGUCUUGUUAUGUGUAGAGCUGAAGCACACUUGCUGGACAGCUCUCUAGGUAUUGAUCUAUUUAUAUGAUGAUGCUUCGUCAAA